AACUGUUUUGCCUCGGCUCACACAAUAACUUUAACCAAUUAAUAUCGUUUACGGUUUAUAAUUAAACGCUCGCUUUAAACUGCUCCGUGUACGUGGAAAAGCUGUUCGCGUUGUUCGUAAAGUAGUCCCUUGGACGCGCACUGCGGAUGAAUACACUUGUUUACAUUGUGCUACACGCGGCAGUGGCGGCCAGCGCGCGCUGCUACGCGAGCUUCAUGGGAGAGCGACGCACUGCGCUUCACAGCUCGCGAAAGUUCGUUCCACGGUCACCGUGAAAGUUUUCAUUUCUGCCCGUUGAGAAACCAUUUCAUCCCCGGUUGUCGUUUCGACAUGCAGGAGUCCAAGACCGAUCUAACAACCAAUAGCAGUCCAAUUGGGCAGGAAGGCCAGAGCUCAGAGAGCGAGAAGGGGGUAACCAGAGAAACGUCUUCAUCCCCAUCAUCCAUAGCCCAGACACUUCAAACACAGGCACUUCAAGUUGCUCAACAACAACAACAGCAGCAGCAGCAGAAGCAGCAGCAGCAAGCGAGUGGUGAGAAGUCCCCCAAGAGCACGGAAAAGGAGAGCGACACGCAGGUGUCUGUAUCAGUGGGGAUGAUAACUCCUCAGGCCAUCACCCCUCAGCAGAUGCAGCAGAUUCUUCAGCAGCAGAUCCUGAGUCCUCAGCAGCUCCAACUGUUACUGCAGCAACAACAGGCCCUCAUGUUACAGCAGCAACAGCUUCAGGAGUUCUACAAGAAACAGCAAGAGGAACUCCACCUGCAGCUCCUGCAGCAACAGCAUGCUGGGAAACCCAGUAAAGAGCAGAUGAUGGUCCAGCAGAUGGCUAUACAGCAACAGUUACUCUCCGUUCAACAGCAGCACCUGCUCAACCUGCAGAGACAAGGCCUGCUGUCUGUCCCGUCGGCUCUUUCCAGUGCACUGCCUCAGGGAAUAAAUCCCGCUGAGCUUCAGCAGCUUUGGAAAGAGGCGGCAGAUGCACGGCAGGAGGAGAAGAGUAGAGGAGACAAAUCCCCCUCUCCUGCCAAAACUCAGAUCCUCAACCACCACUCCAGCACCAACGGACACCAUGUGCUCCGACCCAGCCGGAGAGACAGUUCUCAGGAGAGUCAAUCUCAGAGCGCACAUCCUCUUUAUAGCCACGGCGUGUGCAAGUGGCCAGGCUGCGACACAGUGUUCGGAGACUUCCAGUCAUUCCUCAAGCAUUUGAACGGUGAACAUGCUCUGGAUGACAAGAGCACGGCGCAGUGCAGAGUUCAGAUGCAGGUGGUUCAGCAGCUGGAGCUGCAGCUCACUAAAGACAAAGAACGCCUUCAGGCCAUGAUGGCCCACCUCCAUGUCAAGUCUACUGAGGCCAAACCAGCCCCUCAGCCAGUGAAUCUGGUGUCCAACCUCACUCUUGCUAAGGCAACCGUUCCGAAAACCACUCCCUCCAUGAGCCUGUCCCAGAGUGCCACGGCCCCGUCUACGCCCCUCACGUCACUCCCCCAGAUGCCCUCGGUCAUCAUCCCCACCAGCCUGCACAGCAUGGGACCCAUCCGCAAACGCUACUCGGACAAAUACAACAUGGCCAUGGACCAAGAUAUUGUGCAGAAUAAGGAGUUCUACUUGAGUGCUGAGGUCAGGCCUCCGUUUACAUAUGCAGCUUUGAUCAGGCAGGCCAUUUUGGAGUCUCCAGAAAAGCAGCUAACACUAAACGAAAUCUACAACUGGUUCACUCGAACAUUUGCGUAUUUCAGACGCAAUGCAGCAACGUGGAAGAAUGCAGUUCGCCACAACCUCAGUCUUCACAAGUGUUUUGUACGAGUUGAGAAUGUGAAGGGGGCCGUUUGGACCGUGGACGAGAUGGAGUUUCAGAAAAGGCGGCCUCAAAAGCUCACUGGAUCACCUCUGGUGAAGAACAUCCAGUCCAGUCUGGGUCAAAGUCCCACCCUGUCUGCUCUGCAGGCUGCGAUGGUGGACAGCAGUCUGCCCCUAUAUGGCUCGGCAUCGAUGGGAGCGUCCAGUCUGAAGGCCCUGACCGGUGCGCUGCAUGAGGACAUGAGUUCUCACGAUCAUGAUGAUGGCUCCCGCAGCGACUCCAGCCUGGAGCUCUCUCCUCUGCCCACACUGCAUCGGUCUCAAAUUAAAGAGGAGCAGAUGGAGGCCGAGGACUAUAAUGGGUCCAUGUCUCCAGAGACAGAAGACCAGCACAGUCCAGACACCAACCACAACCCAGAGUACAGCGAAGAGCCGGGCCUCUCACCGUUCCACUGCUGAGAUCAGACUCCUGACAAACACAUACACACACACAAGUUACAGCUGCAACUUUUCCUUUUGGGAACUACCCUUUAUUUAUUGUUUCGAUUGACCUGUUUCUGUUGUACGCAAUGGUUUGACCUCAAUGGUACUAAAGGGCUCCUAGAGGGCGCUGUAGGCUACACGUCAUCUUUGCUUGGUAUAUUAAACACUACGGCACCGUAGUAAUCGAACGCUCACCUUGGAGGGAAGGCGCUUUCCCUGUCGGCCGAGGAAAAUUUGAAGCGGUCUACGACAAGAUUUAUUUAGCUUUCCACAAAAUCUGUUCACUGCAGCUGUGAAUGCUGAAUGAAAAGCUCUUUUAUUGUAAACGCGAGUUUAAAUCACCUCAGCCUCAAUACUGUAGGGUUAGUCGCCAUCGAGGGCCCUGGCUGCCGUGGCCUUAAAUUUCGGGCCGCUUAUCGGUAGAGUGGAAAAUGAAAUUGUGAAUGUCUAUCUUUUUUACCUCUUGUUUUUUCAAGAUAAAAACAAAACCAAAGGGGAACAUUUUAUAACCAGCACUUGAUGAAUGUUUUUCAAUUGUAGUUUUUGAUUUGUUUUUCACUUAGUGUGUACAGAAGGUUACUGUAUUUCCAUUAUCCAAAACAUUUACGCAAAGAAAAAGCCUCAUUCUCAACAGUCACAACCAUUCGGUUAUUAGUAAAGCUGAACCAAACAUUUCCGUAUUUGAGUAGAGCAACUUUUCUUUUCUGUAGAAAAAAAAUCAAGUUACCAAAGAUUGUGAAAGAUGUUUUAAUGUUGUGUACCCUGUUUACAUUGUCCCUUUUGAUAUGGCCAAGACUAAGAAGUCUUCACUUGAGUGGAUUUGAUGAGUAUUGGAGGCAUUUAAUGUCACACUCGUGACAUUUGAGCAGUUUGUAAACCGCAAUCAUUUGAUUUGACAACGUACCACAGAGAAAUGAGCUGAUGAGGGAAAUAAUGCGUAAUUGUUGACUGAAUAAUUUGUUACACAUGUCCAAAAGAAAUAGAUGCCAUCUAUUUCAAAUCAACUAUUUCAGUUUUUUCAAUACUUCUGAAUAAAUGGCCUUAUGAUUAAUAAA